GAAAUGUCUUGGCAGCAAAGAAUCAGUUUAUUAUCAGAGACCUUUCACAACCAACGCAAUGUGAGCUAUAAAUAUUAGAUCAAUUUCUAUAUUUUGCGGCCCAGUAUUUCUUUAUUCCGUUCGGAGCAGUUUAUGGUACUCUUUACAACCGAUCCGUUGGACCAUUACCAUGUCUACAAAGUCGUCUAAUUCAUCUGAACAAAGCGCUGGCUUCGUCAAUCACGCAUUUGACGAUGGUUCACCUGAUGGCAAUAUGUGCGAAAAGAAUAUUGACACGGAAGCUCCCGCAGUGAUAAUAACACAAAAUGAAGGUGAAGAUCAACCGGAACGAGAAAAUUGGGACAGUCCUGUAGAGUUUCUUCUCUCUUGUAUUUCAAUGUCGGUCGGAUUGGGUAACAUUUGGCGGUUUCCGUUCGUUGCCUAUGAGAAUGGAGGUGGUGCUUUCUUAAUUCCAUACCUAAUCGUGCUGGUCUUUAUUGGACGGCCACUUUAUUUCCUCGAGAUGAUCCUUGGACAAUUUUCAAGUUCAGGAUCCGUCAAAAUUUGGGACUGUGUACCAUUUGCUAAAGGUAUCGGAUACGGACAAGCGUUGGCUACCUGGUGUGUCGUCACUUACUACUGUGUCUUGAUGGCCUUGGCCUUUUUUUACCUCUUUGCUUCAUUCCAAGCUGUUUUGCCCUGGACUGAAUGCGAUCCUGAAUGGGCAACUGAAAAUUGCUACAGUACCACAGCUAAUCUAUCGAUGGCUAAUCUGACUAACACUAGUGUGUCCAGUGCCGAAGAAUAUUUCUACAUUUAUGUCCUGAAGAAAAUUCCCAAUAUGGAUAAUGGCAUCGGGACUCCAGAUUGGCGACUAACUUUGUGUCUCCUGCUGUGCUGGAUUUUAGUAUUCGCAAUGCUCGCCAAAGGAGUAUCCUCGUCAGGAAAGGUGGCUUAUUUCACAGCCCUUUUUCCUUAUGUCGUACUUAUCACGCUUCUUAUACGAGGUUGCACUUUACCCGGAGCAGGUGACGGCAUCUUGUACUUUAUCACACCUGACUGGGAAAAAGUUUUAACACCAGAUGUUUGGUACGCAGCUGUGACGCAGUGUUUCUUCUCUUUGUCGGUUGGCUUUGGACCGAUUUCAACUUUUUCCAGCUACAACCCAUUCCGCCAUCCGAUUUACAGAGAUUCAACUAUCGUCAGCUUUGCGGAUACUUUUACCAGCAUUCUGGCUGGAGUCACCAUUUUCUCAAUUCUUGGCAAUUUAGCUUACGAAACAAAUCAACCCAUCGAAAAUGUCGUUCAAGGUGGAACCGGGUUAGCUUUCAUUUCGUAUCCGGAAGCUAUAUCGAAAUUUGAUGCAGUCCCUCAGUUAUUCGCCGUGCUCUUCUUUUUGAUGCUGAUUACUCUUGCGAUCGGAAGCGCAUCCGGACUUGCCGGAUGUAUUAUUACUAUACUGUCUGAUGAUUUACCACACAUUCCCCGUUGGAUUGUCACUGCAUUUGUUUGCGCCGCCAGCUUCCUCAUUGGACUUGUUUACGUUACUCCGGGAGGCCAGUAUAUCCUGGAUUUGGUGGAUUAUUUUGGCGGAGGAUUCAUCAUUUACAUUAUGGUAAUCGCUGAAACUGUUGCUGUCUGUUGGAUUUAUGGACUCAAGCAAAUAGUCAAAGAUAUUCGCUACAUGUUGGGAUUCGGACUGGGAAUUUAUUGGAAAUUCACAUGGUGCUUUUUAAUCCCAAUUGCUCUAGCGGUUAUCUUUAUCUAUGCUAUGAUUGUUUAUGAACCGUUGAAGACUGACGAUGGAGAACCUUACCCUCCCGCCGCAAACGCUGCUGGGUGGGUAUUGGCUGCUAUUGCCAUACUUCAAAUUCCGAUAUGGGGAGCUUUAGUUGUUCGCAAACAGCAAGGAAAUAACUGGAUUCAGCGAUUCGAAGCUAGUCUUCGGCCUGCAGCUGAAUGGGGACCCAAAAAUCCUGGAAUCAAACGUGACUGGUUAGAAUACAAUAAGCAACCUGUAAGAUUCUCAUGGAUUCCCAAUCCCAAGUGGACCAGAAGCUGUAAAUCGCACUAGGAAAAGGUAUUUAAUGGUCUAAUCGUGUGAUUCCUAUUAUAUAUAAAGACCGGUUUUAGAGAAUAGGUCUGUUGAAAGUUAUAACGCCAGAAAAUAAAUUACUAAUUUGUAAAACGAACACAGUGUUUAGGAAAGAGAAUGUAUUUACUACCAGGACAACUCAUCAAAACAA